AUUCUGAAUUGGGUCGAUCCCAAAGACAAGUCCGGCGAAUUCAAGAGACAGCAGUCACAAUUCCGGAACUUCAUCUCCAGAGAUCCAAAGGCAGAGUUUCCUGCUGAGAAGGAUCGAUAUCACCUAUAUGUAUCUUAUGCAUGCCCGUGGGCACAUCGUGCAUUGAUCGUGCGCAAGCUCAAAGGACUUGAGGGCUUCAUCACCUUCACAUCUGUACACUGGCACAUGGGUGAGAAAGGAUGGCGAUUCUCCACAAAGGAUGAGAACGAACCUGGCGAGAACACGACAGCAGACCCUCUCCACCCCGAGUUCACGCAUCUCCAAGACAUCUACUUCUCCAAUGAUAAGAAUUAUCAAGGUCGCUUCACUGUGCCCACUCUCUACGACAAGAAGCAGAAGAAGAUCGUCAGCAAUGAGUCCUCAGAGAUCAUUCGAAUGUUGUACCAUGAAUUCGACCACCUGCUUCCGGAGAGAUACGCCAAGCUCGACCUUCUGCCCGAUGACCUUAAGGAGGAGAUCGAGAGCACGAACGAGUGGACUUACAAUGAUGUGAACAAUGGCGUGUACAAGAGUGGCUUUGCCACCACUCAAGAAGCCUAUAGCAAAGCCGUAACUCAACUCUUCAAGUCCUUAGACCGGAUCGAAUCGCACCUCUCCUCCUCUCCAGGACCUUACUACUACGGCGACCGAGUGACAGAAGCAGAUGUCCGCCUCUUCACCACCGCUAUUCGUUUCGACGCAGUCUAUGUGCAACAUUUCAAGACCAACAUUCGAGACAUUCGAUCCGGAUAUCCUGCGAUUCACAAAUGGAUGAGGCAUUGUUACUGGAACAAUCCAGCUUUCGGCGAAACGACCGAGUUCACGCACAUCAAGGCACAUUACACAAAGAGCCAUGGUCAAAUCAACCCUUUUGGUAUCACACCUGUCGGUCCGGAGCCGGAUGUGUUGCCUUUGGAUGAGGAAGUUCCUGCUGUGAAGGCUGCGCUGAAGAAGUAA